AUGGCGUUAUGCUUUUUCCAAGCAAUUGCCGUGAUAUUUGGAAUUCUUUUUAUCCUUGUUUAUGUUCCGGAGCUUGUCCUUGAAGACGAUAUUCAUCCAAUAAGAACCGAGGAAGAGAUAGAGUAUAGAGAACUUGAAGAAGAAAAAAAGAAUGAAGACCUUUUAAAAAAGCGUCGAGCAAUGUCAAAAGGUGUAGAUGUUGAACUCUCAGAAGGUCACAGAUGCGUGUUGUUUAGAUUUGAUCUUCUACCGGAGAAGAAGCAGGAUCUUAAAUUAGAUAUGAUAAAUGAUAAAGAGGAGUUUGCCUAUUUUUCAAAAGAAGGGGAUUAUAAACCAGAUGAUGUACCGAACUGGUUUCAUUAUGCCACAGACUAUUGUAACGGAUGUUUCGUAACCUACGGAUUAGAAAAACAUCUAGUUUCUUUAGAGGAAGUGACCAUCUAUCCUAGAUUUGGACAUGGGAAGGUUGGAGGGGAGCAGUUAGAGGAUGUGCUAUUGCAAUCUGAAGAAGAAGAAGAUUUUAGAUUAGAUAAAGGAUUUUUCGUGUUAAACAGAAACGAACUUGACAUUUCGUCUAUACAAAUUGGCAAAGCUUUGCAGAAAUACAUGAAUGGAUUGCUCGUGAUAAAGGAAACUGACACAAAUGUUUUAGACUCUCAUAAAAAUCAAGAUACGGUUGCUGUGUUAACAGUAAGGCGUGAAUAUGCAAAUUUUUACCAUACCACUAUGGAUUGGUAUGACGUAUUUUUGAUCAUGGUAUUAUUCAAGAUUGAUCCAUACCAUCUGGAGGUUAUAUGGCUAGAUUCUCACCCAAAAUCGAAUUUUGACCAAGCCUGGGAAAUUUUGUACGGAGUGCCAAUUAGGGCUGGUAGUUUAAGCAGCCCGGUUAGAUAUAAACACAUGAUUUGGAACGGAUUCGGACACAAAAGUCACAUAAAUCAACACAGGGUCGAGUACUUGCCUUUUGCAAACGAAUACCGCCAUUUUGUCUUGAACCGAUUUGAAAUAGACGACGAUCACGUGCUUAAUUGCAAUGAGUUACGCAUAACCAUUAUUUGGAGACGUCAUUAUAUGGCGCAUCCCAGGAAUCCGUCCGGAUAUACAGCCAGGCGAAUUGCAAAUGAAGAGGAAGUGUGGAGAUCAGUUAAAGAAGCCGAUACAGACGCAGUUGUGAACGGGGUACAGCUUGAUCGUCUUAGCAUGAUUGAACAAUUAGAGCUCGUGUCUGAUACUGACAUUCUGAUCGGCAUGCAUGGGGCGGGGCUAUCACAUAUACUUUACCUCCCUCAGACAUCGGGGGUUAUAGAGCUGUAUCCAAAUUACAUGUCUGUUUCAAACGCGCAUUUUCGCGCCAUGUCAAAGUGGCGUCGAUUACGUCAUAUGGUUUGGUCGAAUCAAGAUAAAAGUCUUGAAUCAAAGGAUCAUAAGACACAUAUACCAAAUUUUGUCAUAAAAGAUCUUGUGAAAGCAAUGAAAAAGAGUAUUUGUUAG